AAAAAAAUAUCACUUACUCACCAAUAACUAUUACAUAACCUCUUGAUAAAAAUCAAAUCACUGAAUUAAAAUGGCCUGCUACAAAUCCUGUCGAAAGUGGACUGUUAUAAUCUUCAAUUUAAUAUUUUUGAUUGUCGGUUUAGUUUUAGUAGCUUCAGGAACAUUUUGGAAAAUCAGAUACAACAAUUUGCAUUCAAUCAUUCCUUCCACCUAUUCAUAUUACACAAGUGCACCUCUUUUGUUAAUAAUUCUAGGAAGUAUAACUGUAAUCGUUUCACUUUUUGGAAGCCUUGGAGUUUGGAGGAAAAAUCCUCCCAUUCUGACUACUCACACUAUUAUUCUUAUCGUUUUCUUCAUCCUCCAAAUCAUUCUAAGCACUGUAAGCUUCUGGGUACUGAGUCAAGAUAAUUUGAAGGAAAACGUUUACAACAACGUGAAUAAUAUUUAUAAAAGUGAUAACAACACAGAGCUGAUUAACUUUAUUCAAGAAGAACUAAAAUGCUGUGGACCAACCGGUAUCACAUCUAUUAAAAAUUUGACAAUUUUACCAGAUAUUAUAAAAAGUUGCUACAAAAAUCAUGAUACCACUACACUAGCGUUUGCAGAUGGAUGUAAAAAAGCAGUUUACAAUUUUAUUAUAUUAACUAUUAGAGGAAUUGGAACAACGAUUCUUGGCUUGGCACCGCUUGAAGUUGUUGGAGCUACACUGUCGCUAAGUCUUGCUAACGCAAUAAGAAAUCAAAGACGGAGAUAUGGAAAGUACUUGGACUGAAGCUUUUUAAUCUAAACUUUCUGUAUCUUCUUUGAAUAAAGUUUGGGAAUCGGAAUUUGAUUCGAAAUACUCUAUUUUGUUAGUAGUGUAAAACCUUCUAAAAUGUUGGAAAAAAAUCGCCGCAAUUCCCUAAAAUUAAAGUUUCAUCCACAACAAUUUAAAAAUUGUCACCUACUUUUAACACUGAUACAACCACCAUAAAAACUCCAAUAUUUGUAGCACCACCAAUUAAAAUAUUCCUAACAGGUGAUUCAAACUUAUAACACAAAAGAAUUAUCCCAAAUAUGGAUUCUACAACUGAGACUGCAGAAAUUAUAACAAUGUACUA